AAUAAAUAUAGUUAAAGUUCUUGAUUUAUAAAUGAGUGUAAUUUAUUAAAUUCAAUUUAUAUUUUCUAUUAUAUUGUAAAAUAUAAAUAUAUAAAUUAAAUUUAAUAGGAAAUACAAAUCUGAUGAAGCUUUUAAAUGCUUUAAUAUAUAAUUAAUACACAAUAAAAUAGUAAAUUAUAGUUGACGAAUUAAAAAUUACAAAUGGAUGUAAAAUCAGAAAGUCCUUUUGAUAUUAAUGGUGUGUGUUUUAAUGCUGAUAUGUAUGUUAAAAAAGUACUUAAGGAAUCUAAUUUAAGGCAAGUAAUGGAUCACGAAAAAGAAAUUCAUCAAGAUAUACAAUCACUACAUUCUGAUAUGAAAACACUAGUGUAUGAAAAUUAUAAUAAAUUUAUAUUGGCUACUGAUACAAUUGGAAAAAUGAAAAAUGACUUCAGAAAUUUAGAAGGGGAUAUGGAAAUUCUAUUAUCAAAAAUGGAUGAUAUUACCAAGUCUUCAGAUAUUAUUACAUCAUCUCUGCAUGCAAAUAGAGAAGAAAUAACAAAACUUUCUGACACUCAUAAAUUAUUAAAACGGUUUCAGUUUGUUUAUACUCUUCCUACUACUUUAAAUAAGUUAUUAGAAAAAACAGAUUAUACUCAAGUAGUGCAAGAGUAUUUACAUGCACGGCGAGUUUUAACACAAUAUAGUAAUCAAGAAUCUCUUAAAGGAAUUUUGAAAGAUUGCAAUGAUAUAGUAGAGAAAUUAAAAAUUAUUUUGUAUAGUCACUUAAGGGAUAAAGAUAUAUCUGGAAAAGAAUUAGCAAAAUCUGUUGAUUUAUUACUUCAACUCGAUGAACCUGUUCAAACUUUGUGUAAAGAAUUUUUGCUUCAUUUAAAAACUAGGCUCUAUGAAUAUCUAGAUGUCUUAGAAUUGCAAGUGGAAAAUUUAAACCAAGACAUGAUUGAGUUCAUUGAUUUGGGAAGUGACACAUUCCUUAGUCAAUUAUGUUUAGUUAUUGCAUCAUAUAACGAUAUGUUUUUAGAAAAAUUAACAACAAAUGAUAUUAAUGAAGAGACUGAUAGAACUGUUAAUCAGUUAAAUAUAUUUGUGGAUGAUAAUAUGACUCGUUAUUUAGAAAUUGUUCAACUUUACAUAGAUAAAAACACUAGUGACACAGCAAUUUUAGUGAGAGCAUUGGACAGAUUUUAUAGAAAAUUACAAGCUAUUGGAAAAUUAUUUUCAUAUAAAGAUUAUACAUUAAGUGCAAUUGAUGUCAUAAUUUUUGCUGCUAGACGACAAUGUAAACUACAUUUGGCAAUGCUAAAAGCAAAUUUUAAUGACAAAUUAGCAGCAGUUAGACAAUCAUUGGUUUCAUUACAAAAACCCAAUAUAGGGGUAUUUGCUUCAGAUUCUCUAGCUUCAUUAACUUCAGAUGUCAUAGAAAAAGUCAAGGGAAUUUUGCAAGAUUUAUCUGCCUUUCUGGAACCUGAUGUAUCAUUUUCAUCAAAAAGUGUAUUAAGAAAAACUAUCUGUAUAGACAAUGUCCGUGAAGGCCUCGUUGUCGGAUUUUUACAUUAUCUGUCUUCUACAGCUCUUUCAUUUAACAUUCAUACACCUUGUCCUCCACCUUUUAUUUUUAUACUACUUACAAAAAUGUGUCUUGAAUAUCAAUCAUCUGGUAUUCAUUAUUUGUUACAACUAGUAGAUGAAACCUAUGAAAUAAAUAAAUAUUCUGAUAGCAAAAGUAAGAAUACUUAUCCAUUAAGUACAGAAAUUGAGCUUGCUCAAGACAUGCUUUCUGUUGCACAAAAUCUAGUCAAUUAUUAUGUUCGUGUUGAAGGAUUAUCAAUCUCUCAAAUGUUAAAAAAAUCUAUUGAAACCAGAGAUUGGCUUCACAGUUUAGAACCAAGAACAGUACGCGCUGUAAUGAAACGUGUUGUUGAAGAAAUAACUGCUGUAGAUAGCCAAGUUGGAGAAUUAUUUGAAGAAGGUGCAAGAACUGAUAGAAGUAGUGAUUCCAGUCGUAGAACUCAAAUGUCUAGGCAUAUAAGAGCUUGGUCAUCUGGUGGUACUGCAACUAAUACUCAAACGUUUUCUGCUAUUAAUCGUCUCUUUUCUGAAAGAAUUGAUAUAUUUUCACCGGUUCAAUUUUCUAGAGUAUCAAUUACAACUGGAAUUAUUAAAAUAAGCCUUAAAACUCUCUUAGAAUGUGUUAGAUUAAAAACUUUCAAUAGAUAUGGUCUUCAACAAAUGCAAGUGGAUAUUCAUUAUUUACAAUUGUACUUGUGGAGAUUUGUAUCUGAUGAAAAUUUGGUACAUCUGUUAUUGGAUGAAAUAUUGAGCAGUUCAGUUCAUAGAUGCUUAAGCCCAGUGCUGAUGGAACCUAGUGUAGUAGAAAUUAUUUGUGAAAGAGGAUAAUUAAUUUUUAUGUUGAAAAUUGUUAUUAACAAAAUUUCUUAUAAAUAACGAAAUUAAUUCAGGUGUAACACUAUGUACAUUUAAAAAUUAUACUAUUAAUCAUAAAAAAUCAGUUAAUGUUAUAAAUAAAUUUUUAAAAGAUUAUAGUAUAUAUUACAGUAUACUAUU